CGAUCGCCAAAAACCAACAAUUGUGGGUCUGAAUAAAUACGUGAUUUUGGUGUCCACGUGUAGUGUUUUGGGAACAAGAAGAAUGCUCGGCUGAAAUGACAGAGUGGGUGUCACCUGGGUUGCAUUUGGUGGCUGCAGAUAGCUUGUUUGGGGCACUGACAAAAGCUGAAACAAGAUGAGUUCUACGGUGGAAGAUCCUUACUCGUUUGGAAUUGUCGAGCCACCAGAAGUUAAGCACAAAGAAGUGCCAUGGUGGACAUCAAGUCGAUUCGGUUUGGCUAUCAUAGGCUUCCUUGGGUUUAUCAAUGUUUACGCCUUACGCGUGAACAUGAGCGUCGCUGUUGUGUGUAUGGUGAAUCAUACAGCUGUCAGAGAUAUGCACCCAAGCAAUGACACCUCUACCAACAACAACAACAUGAGUGGCUGUCAAGGUCUGCAGACUGGGAUCUCAGGAACAGAUGAUGAGGGUGGAGAGUUUAUAUGGGACAAAAACCAGCAGGGAUUAAUUCUGGGAUCAUUUUUCUGGGGCUACCUAGCCACCCAGAUACCCGGAGGUUGGCUGGCCACAAAAUUUGGCGGGAAGUGCGUAUUUGCUCUGUCCAUGUUGAUCUCCGGGGCAGCCACCUUAGCCACACCCAUAGCUGCUCAGUCUGGUCACAUCUGGCUGCUGCUUGUCAUGAGGAUCAUCAUUGGGCUAGGAACAGGAACCGCCUUUCCUGCUAUGCAUGCGAUGUGGGGACAUUGGGCGCCUGUCCUGGAGAGAAGCAAACUCACAGCCAUGACAUAUGCAGGUGCUCAGUUGGGCAAUGUGAUAACUUUCCCGUCGGCUGGCUUACUCUGUCAGUAUGGGUUUGCAGGAGGAUGGCCCUCGAUAUUUUAUGUUCUAGGUGGUUUAUCCAUCAUCUGGGCAUUGGCGUGGAUACUGCUAGUCAGCGAUACACCUGUGCAACAUAAAAGGAUCUCGGAGAUUGAGAAGCGUUACAUCACACAGGGAUUGAAGGACACUGUCAAUGAUGAGAGCGGACAAAGGGUCAGCGUGCCCUGGUUGAGAGUGAUGACCUCCCUGCCCGUUUGGGCUAUCAUUGUGGCGAACACGACCUCAGAUUGGGGUGCCUACACCCUGCUUACCGGCAUCCCCACCUACAUGAAUGAGGUCCUCAAGUUUGACAUCGCGUCUAAUGGCCUGUACUCUGCCCUGCCCUAUAUUGGCUUUUGGAUUGGUAUAUACAUCAGUGGCUGGAUGGCAGAUUGUGUGCGGGAAAGCGGAUGUUUGACAACCACUUGGACCAGGAAAAUAUGGGAAGUCUUUGGUCAGGUAAUGCCUGCUAUAGCACUGAUCACCCUGGGCUUCCUGGAGUGUACCCAGGCUAUCCUAGCUGUCGUUAUCCUGACCCUGGCCGUCACCCUGUCUGCCCCAGUCUUCAGUGGCUAUGUGGUCAACCACGUAGACAUCGCCCCACCAUAUGCCGGGGUGUUGUUUGGAAUAUCCAACACCAUUGCUGCCUCUACAGGCUUCAUCUCACCGGUCGUCACUAACUUCCUCACUCACAGUCAAACCCGCCAGGAGUGGCAGAUAGUAUUCUAUGUGACAGCGGCUGUGUACAUUGCAGGCGCCAUAUUUUAUCUUGUGUUUGCCUCAGGAGAACUGCAACCCUGGGCUAGGGAGCGUCAUGGCUGGGAGGGAGAGCCUAUGAGCUCUCCCAAGAUCACCGAGCUGCAAAACACACGACCUUUACAAGCCAAUGAUCAGAAGACAAGUUUUAUUAACAGCAGUCCAGCUAGAACAUAACCAGGCACAAGCCUUACUGUGUCACUUUCUCCUGUCAGCCUUGUCAUUACCAAAUGCUUCAUGCUAUACGUGGAUCUGCUUCAGAGCUUGGACUGGAUUCAGACAAACCUCAUAGUAUCGUAAUGGUGACCUGGGAUCACUUUCAUAGAGCUUCAUCAAACAGUUUUUCACGUCUAAAUCACAGUAUCAUAUGGUAUAUUUAGAUGGGUGACCUGCACUCAAAAAGUUAAGAGCAAAACUUUUCAUGAGAUUUUGUGAAAGUGUCCCUAGCUCUGUAGGCAUUUUGAUAGAUAUGUGUGCAAUAUCCAUUUUAACAACAGCUUUGUGAAACUAAACUGUGAACUAAUCUGUUUGUGUUGUAAUACCUUUUUCUGUGACUGAAAUCCAUUGUCUGUUGUCUGUAUACAGGGUACCCCUGUUACCUCAGCCAGUUAUACAGCUAAGUCUGUGUUGUAGGCUGUCUGUCAACCAAAGUGUUUUGCCAACUUUUAGCUACUUAACUCACAUUGUGUAAAUGUAAGCCAUCAUAUCAGAGAUGAAAAUGAAUGUGAAGAUUUUACUCAUUGUGUACCUUUAUUUUCAGUUUUUGUUGUUGUUUUAUCAUGCUUUUGACAUGGCAGUUGCUUGCACAUAAACUUGAAUGUACAUCAUUUUUUUUUUGUUUCUUAUUUUAUUUUAUCUGUAUCAGAUGGACUGUUUUCUUAGAAAUGUCAUGAACUACAUUUGCAUGAUUUGAGAUAUGUGUCAAUAUUUAUCUCACAAGUUAGUCUUGACGUUUCGACUUUCACACAUUCCUUUCAGUUUCGACAACAACCAAACCCCAUCACUCUUUCGAACUAAUAAAAAUAAAACAAUAAGCAUGAUGGGUUUUUUUUUUUACACAAUUUUACCACACAACAACUAAUUAUUUAUACCUAAGCCUUCCAACGUGAUUCAGUAAUAUGACAUAGGGAUGACUUGACACAUGUAACCUACUCAUAGAUAUGUCUACUACAUCUGAAGCUGUAUUGAUAGGGUUAACUGGGGGACAAAGGGAGUUAACUUUAAACUUUGACUUUGACAUAAAGAACUUUUGGCCAUUUCUGUUCUGAAAUUUUGACCUUGACAUAAGAAGUCUUCAGCAUUUCUACUCAAGAAAUAAAGCGUUAACUUUUUAUAUGGUUUUAGUUUUACUGCCAGAAAACAGAACGAUUUUUUGUGUCAUUGAAUUUUUUUUUACCUGAAGCUGAUUGUGAUUUCAAACAAGCCACACAUGAUGAUACCAAAUACAUGUAUCUGAUUGUGUAUACUUUGAUUAGGAGUGUGGAACGGUGUAAGAUUGCCAAACAAACUUGGUAGAUUGUCACACCUUGUAUGCAUUGCUUUUUUUUUGCAAAAGUUUUUACAAAUGUUAUGUUUUUCUUGACCUCUGAGCACAACUUCAUUGGCAAGUCCUCUAUAGUCAAUCAAACUCAAUCAGUGGCUAUUUGGCCACAAAUUAGCAGUGAUGCUGUAAAUCUAUUCAGAUUGUAUUCAGAUACUGAAUUUUGAUGUGUAGUAUGUCGAUUUUCCCUUUCUAUAUGUUUGAUGAAUCACAAUGUUUAUUUUAAUAUUAAAUAAUACAGAAGUGUGCCUCUUGUAACAGUUUUUGAUAAUUUUGUGUGCAUGUGCACUUGGUUAUUUAUCAGAGCCAGUGUUGACAUUAAUUUGCACUGGUGUACCUCCAGCUGAAUUUCAAAAAGUGGUAAUAUUUGUUUGGGUUUAUUUACUGUUUCUUUGUUAACUUUUUCAGAACAGUGUGAAAAACAUAGCUUUAUUUUAUUUUCGUCUGCCUUGUUACAAAGAGCUAGAGCAGUUAUUUUUUUAUUUUAACUGCCUUUUACAAGUAAUUGACUUGAGCACCUGAAAUAUAUAACAUGUCUCUAUAUAUUUGUCAUAGUUUUGUCAUUUUACAUGUGCAAACUGACCAUGCCUCUAACCUUCCUAUAAUAGUCUAUACUGCUGUCUACACAGUCUUUUGAGUUGAACUCAUCAUGACAUUUGAUGCAAUAUACGUAAUUUGAAGUUCAUAUUUUUUGUAACCAAUGCAGAUGAUUGGUAUUUUUUAUCGACAUAAUGUUUAUACGAUGUCAGUAUUUCUCCUGUGAGGACUGCCAGCCUUAGCAUAUCACUGUCCCAUUGUAAGGCAUUUUGAGGGGUGCUGUGUAUAUAUUAAUGGCAUGGUUUUCUCUGUUGUGCAAGACUGGUAAAAUUUGGCGUCUAGCGUAUUUAUCCAUUUUUUUAUAUAUGAUGAGAUUUAUGUAGGUAAUGGUAUUCAAGGUGUGUGAUUUUAUAAAUGAUUUCUUCUUCUAUAUAAGUUCUUAAGGAUAUGUUGGCUAAAUUCAAUUUCGAUUUGAAUUACGAUUUCUGAUUAUGUGCUAUGUACAAUCAUUGGAGUUAAUUUGUUUGUAACCCUGGUGAGGUGGGUCUGUUGUAUGGUCUUGUGACUAAUCGUAUGUUCUAGGUAGGACUAAAUGUCCAGUAUUUCAUAUUAGACAUAGCUUUGUAUAACUUCACAGAUUGACUGUUCCAAACUAUGUCACAAUACACACAUUUGUAUGUAGGUACAGAUAAUGUUGUUGUCACAAAGCAACCUCCCCAUACUGUUAUUGAUAUAUUUGCAGAAAAUAUUCCAGAAAAUCUUUUUGGGUUAUACAUGUAUUUUUGUACUGUUUAUUUGUCACUCGUUUAUUUUGAUACAGAUAUGGCUCUUCUGCUAUGGUCUGUUUUGUGGCUGUUAAGUUUGGGCUGGACCUUUAGUUAGAUCACAUUUUGGUGACAGUUUUUGGUGACAGUUUUUGGUAAUGUCAGAGUAUUAAAACUAUAUACCAUAUACAAGGAAGAGUAUUCUCUUGAUUUGGCAUUAUUGUCUGCUCAAGAUAUGAGGUAAGUUCAAAUAAGUACAAAUCCUUUGUUAUUAACCUAGAAUUGAUGUAUUCAAAUGUUUUGCAGUGAACCAUAUGAAAAUGUUUUACUGCAACACGUUUUUAAUGAGGAUAGAAUUAGAAUGUCUGAUUAGCAUCUAGCAAGACAUCUACAAUUCCUUAUACCCAAAUUUAAGUUGGUUUUUUUCCUGAAAUUUCAUAUACUCAGUUUUAGUGUGAUUUUUGGAUUAGAAUUUUUUAUUCGCUUUUAAUGGAACUCUUGGCUUGGCAUCUCUUAUACAUGUAUCUCUUAUCUUUUUUAUGUACAUGUAUGUAGAAAUUGUUCUUAAAAUUAGACAAGGGUAACCCUAUGGGACAUGCUGAAUAUUUCAAUUUUGGUUUGUUUUAUCUUUGGGUUUUAUUUGUAUAUUUGGUCGUUAUGUUUUGGAUAUGCACGGGCAUAGUUUUACUUAAAUGUGAAUUUGCAUUUCUGAACUGACUUUUUUUGUGUUAUUGUACGAGUGUGUUAAUUUAAUUCUGUAUGCUUACAUUUGUCACUUCAUAAUAGUGAAUAUUUGGCGAUUACAGCCCCCUAGUUCUGGCUUAGGGUCAGUCUUACUGCAAAAGAUUUGGGGAUCCGGGAUGGCUUUUUCUUCCAGGAGAAACAAAUAUAUGAGAAUUAAUAUACUUGCAUUGCAGGCUGCCAAGGCUAAACAAAAUAAAUCUUACCAAAC